CUUAAAGAAAUACUUUUUCAUUUAAAUAUUAUAACAGAGAUGAGGACGAUUACCUGAGUCUUGUCGUACGGGUCAUAUCGUUGUAUACCAAUCAGUGAAAGUAAACAGCAAUUAAAUAUUGAAUAGAUAAGUAAUAAAUAAUGAGCGUUCCUAACUUAGUAACUAAAUGCAGUUCACCAAACAUUUUAUGGUAUCAAACAGAUAUUACAGUUAUAAUACGUAUUCUAUUGCCAGACGUAAACAAGUACUAUCUUCGAGUUGAAUGUGAUCAUUUAUUAUUUAGCACGAAAGUAAAUUCAAAAAAUUAUUAUCUGUGUCUGUAUCUUUUCGGUGUCGUAUUUGCGGAAAAAACAUCUCACAGAAAUACAGGAAGGGAAAUUAAAAUCACACUUCAAAAGGCCCAGAGAUGGAUAAAAUGGUUAAGAUUAUAUGUUGAAAGGACAAAGAACCCUUUAAUUAAUGUGGAUACAGACCAUAUACACGCAGACGAAUGUAUUAUAAAAGAAAGGGAAAGCUUUACACAGUUCAAGCUUAGGAAUAAUAUAACUAAUAUAAUGCCUGAUGUGCCAUCUUCUGAUGAGGCAGAAUCUGAUGAUGAAGAUGUAGAUAUGAUAUUUGAUUAAGCAUUUUCAUUAAAAAUUUCUGGCAUUAUUUCUGUAUUAAAUUGUAAAUUUUUAUUCAAUAAAACUUCAGUUCAAAGUACCAUUUAAAAUUUGACAGCAGUUUUAUUUUUCUGAGCAUUAUUCUCAAUUUAUCAAAAUAGUACACAUAUUUAACAAAUAGUUUAGUAUAUACUAUACAUAAAGACUUCACUUGUACUGGCACAUAAAUAUAAAAAUAAAAGUAAAGAGAAAAUGGUAAAUGGACAAAAUACUGUAUAACUGCAUAUACAGUUUAAUAAAGGAAAGAAC